AUGCUCGUCUCAGGGUCCAGCCUCUUGCUGUCAUCGGUCCUUCUCGGAGUCACCUGGCUCGCCUACCGAGCAUUAUUCACCGUCAAAGCCGGCGACGCUGGUGCGAAGCUGCCAACAUGGGCUACCCUGGAGAUCGCCCUGGUCUCGAUGAUGGCGAAGCACAAUGGCUUACCUUUACGGCUCCUUUCCUCCAUCAGACGCCGGGCGGGUUCGCUGUACGGAGUUACGGCCAAGCAUCAGGUUGUCAUUGACCUGCCCGAAGGCGAUCGCCUGCUCUCAAUGCCAAGCCAUACUGUCUCCUCACAAGUGCACCAGGCCACCAUGAUGACACAAGUCUUUGGGGCAAAGGACUCGUACGCGUCUAAUGAAAAGCGAUUUGCCUGUUGGGAUUUGCUCAACAGACACGUGGAGCGCGUCUUCUUGAAUGAAGCUGCCGCGACUGGAGUCCUGGAAAAGAGCAACAUUCCUCGCCUGGCUGCCUCACUCGUAUCGUUCUCAUCUGAUCCAACCAAACAGAAGCGCUGGGAAUGCUCAGCAAAUGUUCACGUUGUCGCUCCGGAAACAAGCGAUUCUAAAGGUAUCGUUGAGGCUAACCUCUUGCACCUAGCCCGAGACUUCGGUACGUGUCUAGCAGUCGAUAUUGUAUACGGGAAAGACUUCCUCCAACGUAACCCUGGCUUGCUCGAAGACUUCUGGAGAUUCGACAACGAGGUUUUCAUUCCGCUAGUCCUUGGUAUUCCAUCGUGGGCACCUCUCAGCGUCAUGCGAAAGGGUGUCGCAGCUCGCUCUCGACUGCACAAAGCCCUAGAAGGCGUUUACCAGCGAACAGAGCAGUAUAUGUCAGGAGCAGCCGUUGACUUCGGUGCGGACAUGUCAGACGUCAGCGCUACAGUCAAAGGCAGAAGCGAGUUGUAUAUCAAGGAAGGUUAUACCAUGGCGGAGCGAGGGCAAUCGGACAUCGGCCUGCUGUGGGGAUCUAACGCAAAUACACAGCCGAUGGUGUUCUGGUUUCUAGCGUACGCAUACUCUAUACCUGGUCUCCAAGAGCUGCUGCGUGAAGAGCAGGCGCCCUAUGUAACAUUCACCAAGGACACGAACAUACCGACAAUCUCGACAAUGGACAUAGCAGGUCUCACACGCGAAUGCCCGCUUACGAAGUCAUGCCUCUUCGAGGUAUAUCGACUUGCCAACGACGCCACAUCAAUUCGCUACAUCAGCAAGCCAAUCAACCUCAAAGACGGCGCCUACACGCACGCGAUCCAGCCAGGAACAUUCCUUAGCACUCCUCAUGGCCUUCAUCAGCACGACCCCACAAUGUACCCGGACCCAGAAACUUUUAAGCCAGAUCGUUUCCUAGACACAGACGAGAUAUCGGGCAAGCGGUCUGCUCGGUAUGGGAAGCUGAAGCCUUGGGGUGCUGGCAGCGGGAUUUGUAAGGGCCGCACAUUCGCAGAGAAAGAGAUCAUUACGUUGUGCGCGGCUAUCAUGGCAGUCUGGGACAUUUCGCCUGCCAGUGGGGAGUGGAAGAUGCCUACAGCCGUACCUGGCACAGGGGCGAUGCAGCCAUCAGAAGACAUUCGUGUACGCAUCACACGCAGGGAGAAGUGGUGA